AUGCGAAAAUCGUUCAAAGAUUCACUCAAGGCUCUUGAAGCUGAUAUUCAGUUCGCCAAUACUCUGGCAUCUGCGUAUCGAGAGGAGUAUGAUGGUGGCUGCGUGCAGAUGCGAUUGUCUUACAGCCCGGCGGCUCAUUUAUUUCUGUUCCUUCUUCAGUGGACAGAUUGUCAUUUCGUUGGCGCUUUGGGAUUGCUUAGGAUUCUUAUUUAUAAGGCAUAUGUUGAUGGGAAGACCACAAUGUCGCUACACGAGCGCAAAGCUAGUAUCAAAGAAUUCUAUGAUGUGUUGUUUCCUUCGCUAUUGCAACUUCACGGAGGGAUAACGGAUGUAGAAGAAAGGAAACAGAAGGAGGUAUGCGAGAAAAGAUACCGGAAAAAGGACAGAACAGAGAAAGGGAAGAUGUCGGAAAUCGAUUUGGAGAGGGAAGAAGAAUGUGGUAUUUGCUUGGAGAUUCGAAAUAAAGUUGUUCUUCCUACUUGCAAUCACUCCAUGUGCAUCAAUUGCUACAGAAGCUGGCGCGAACGGUCACAAUCAUGCCCGUUCUGUCGAGGAAGCUUGAAAAGAGUGAAUUCCGGUGAUUUGUGGCUUUACACUUCGAGUGUAGACAUUGUGGAGUUACCGGGGAUUUACAAGGAGAAUCUGAAGAGGUUGUUGAUGUACAUUGACAAGUUGCCUCUCGUUGCUUCUGAUCCAACUCUUGUCCCUUACACACCUCUUCCUCGGUAA